AUGCCCCCCUUAAAUAGCCAGCUGUGCCUGCUGAAGCUGUGUCAGCAUCUGGAACUAAAGCCAAAGCCGUACCACACAAACCACCACACAACUACCGACACAGCACCGCAUCGUACCGCACAACUACCACGGCACCGCAUUGCACCGCACUGCAUAACUACCUCGGCAUUGCUCAGAACCGCAGCACUCAGGAUGCCGCGCCACAGCAAACAAGUUUUCUUCAUUCUCCUAGCGCUGGUGUGUUUGGACCUCCACCCGCGUGUGUGCUCGCUGCCCAUCUGUGCGAACGGCCAUGUCGGCUGUCACGUGCUGUCGCUAGCUGACCUCUUUGACCGCGUCAUCCAGCACUCGGCACAGGUGCACAGCAUCUCCAAUGACCUGCACACCGACUUCGAACAGCACUUUGUGCCCAGCAAGAAUCACAUAGGCAGAGUCUUCCCCAGAUGCCACACAUCAAGCAUACUGACACCUAACGGCAAAGACAAUGUGCAGAAAAUGGCUCGUGAGGAGUUGACGGAGGUGAUCCUGAAGUUGCUGGUGGCGUGGCGAGAGCCCCUGUGGCAGCUUCACCAGAACCUGGCCCAAGCCCAACAGCAGGACCCCUUCAGCUACGCGGGCCUCAACAGCAACAAGGCACUCGACAUGAGCGAUAUGCUGCACGAGCUCCGGACCGGCGUACAGACCGUCGCAGAGAAGAUGCAGCGUCUGGGCAUGAUCAGUAACUCGGUGAGUGGGCUGUCCGUCCCGGAGUCCUUCCUGCCCUCGUCCAACAGCGGAGAGUCCCAGGCCGUGGCCAACUACGACCUGCUGCACUGCUUCCGCCGCGACGCCAACAAGGUCCAGAACUUCCUCAAGAUCCUCAAGUGCAGGAUUGUACCAGAGCAUGGCUGCUGA